CCCUGUCAGUCAGGCACAUCUGCUCUCCUGGGCGAGUCCUACAGGUGAAAGGCCCAGACUCCUGGCCAGGAUUUAAGCUUCCCUCCAAUAUGGAAUACAUUAACUGGGAUAAUUACAGCCUGGAGGAUCUCUUCGGUGAUAUUGAUAAUUAUACUUACAACACGGAGAUGCCCAUAAUUCCAGCAGACUCUGCCCCAUGCAGGCCAGAAUCUCUGGACAUCAACAAGUAUGCUGUGGUUGUCAUCUAUGUCCUGGUCUUUGUGCUGAACCUGCUGGGAAACUCCCUAGUCAUAAUGGUUGUCUUAUACAGUCGGGUCAGUCACUCUGUCACCGACGUCUAUCUGCUGAACCUGGCCAUAGCUGACCUGCUCUUCGCCUUGACCUUGCCUAUCUGGGCUGUCUCCAAGGUAAAGGGUUGGAUCUUUGGCACACCCCUGUGCAAGAUCGUCUCGCUCCUGAAGGAAGUCAACUUCUACAGCAGCAUCCUGCUGCUGGCCUGCAUCAGCAUGGACCGCUACCUGGCCAUUGUCCAUGCCACACGCACGCUGACCCAGAAGAGGCACUGGGUCAAGUUCAUAUGCUUAGGCAUCUGGGCCCUGUCCCUCAUCCUGUCCCUGCCCAUCUUCGUCUUCCGCAGGGCCAUCAAUCCCCCCUACUCCAGCCCAGUCUGCUACGAGGACAUGGGUGCCAAUACAACAAAAUUGCGGAUAGUGAUGCGGGCCCUGCCCCAGACCUUUGGCUUCAUCGUGCCCCUGAUGAUCAUGCUGUUCUGCUAUGGGCUCACCCUGCGCACGCUGUUUGAGGCCCACAUGGGGCAGAAGCACCGGGCCAUGCGGGUCAUCUUUGCUGUCGUGCUCGUCUUCCUGCUCUGCUGGCUGCCCUACAACCUGGUCCUGGUCGCAGACACCCUCAUGAGGCUCCAGGCCAUUAAGGAGACCUGUCAGCGCCGCAAUGACAUUGGCCGUGCCCUGGAUGCCACCGAGAUUCUGGGCUUCUUCCACAGCUGCCUUAAUCCCCUCAUCUAUGCCUUCAUUGGCCAGAAGUUUCGCCAUGGACUCCUCAAGAUCAUGGCCUUCCAUGGGCUCAUCAGCAAAGAGUACCUGCCCAAGGACAGCAGGCCUUCCUUUGUUGGCUCUUCUUCAGCGAACACUUCUACUACUUUCUAAGCACCCCCUGCCCCGGUUGCAGUCCCUCAGGGCUCUCCCUCGCCAUCAGCAUCCCGUUCCAAACCUCAUGUCCACUGGCUGUUCACAGUCUCUGUGUCAAGGCAGCUCCCAGCUGUGGUUCCAGGGAGUUGCUGGGGCCACGUCCUUUUCAGGCCCAUUGUAUGGUUUAGGGAGCCUGCCCUGCUGCCCCACCCCUUACUAUAGCUACAGUGUCAGCUGCUAGAGCUCACUGAGCCCACAGCACUCUGUUCUCUGAGGCAGCUAAAGAUGUUUAAAAGAUAUCCUUUUAAAUGA